AUGGUUUGGUCAGUAUGUGUGUCAAUUCAUAGCAGAGAACGAGGGGCCGUAGCGGUCGGCCGCAGGCUGGCGGGUAGGGGCAAAGGCAUCGACGAAAAUGAACAGUCUGUUUUGGACGAAUGCUUAGAUUUGCAGGAGGACAUGGGUGUUUCACUUCCAGGAGCAGCUUUACCUUCUAACAGGAGCCGAUCAAGGAGAAUCGCGGAGCUCGUGACAUUGUUUUCCGAGGCUGCGGCAGAGCUUGAAUCAACACAAGGGCCGCAAUCGACCUGUUGUGGAACAUCCUCCUCUCCGACCUCCACGCCUCCAACUCAAGGGCAGCCGAGUGAAUCCGGUCUGAAUGAACAGGGACUUUUGGAGUGUGAAGAGGGUGGGAUUGUGCCUGUGCAUGGAAGUUCGUCAUCGGUAUCCUCUGAAGGCGACGGUGAUGAUGGGAAGUACCCAUAUCUCGAACCAGACGCGUGGCUUGAGAAGAUUCCAGAUAUCACUGGUAUGCAGGAACACCGGGAGCAGGGGCAGUCGCUAUGGGGCUUAGGUGGUGGUUAUUCAGGAGGCGAAGAGCCGUCAACCGCUGCUUUGGCUGUUCGACCGUGCGAUGAGGGAGGUGAUGAUUCGCCAAGCAGUAAUGCAACAAGAACCCAUCCGUUUGUGCGGCUACCAGUGCUGGAGGAUGGCGUUUUACUAAGAGACUUUGACGUGUCCGCUGUUGCUCUUGCCCACCGACGGAAGUAUCAGCCUACUACCACAAUUUUAGCCGCUUUACGAGAGCUGUAUAUGCGGCCGGCUCUUGACCAAAGUGGUUACAAUACUCUCAUGCGUUCACUGGAGGAGCUGGUGCACAGUUUAUUGGUAAGAGUUCGCUCAAGGGCCUUAUUUGCAGACACUAUGUGGGACCUCCCAACCUUGGGGAUACACUUCUUGGCGUUCGACUUCCUCGUUUCUGCAGCUCAAGUCCUUGGGAACCGAAUGCAGUUGCAUUUGUGGUGGGAUCGAUUUGUAGCAGCAUUUGCUCUGGAUAUGCCCCCAAAACCUUUCCGAAAGCACAGCCGGCACUGUGCAGCAGUCCAGGCAAUACUACGACAACGUCUUUUUGCUGCUCUGCAAGUCUACAAAAUGGGAAGGCGCCUACCCCUUGGCGAUGUGGUUGAACUCAAACGGUUGCUGCUCUGCUCACCAUAUACACAUAAGCGAUUCAAAGAUGAUGACUGGGAUCCGUGGCGGGACGAUGAGGAGCUUUUCUUGACAAGUGGACUUCGGCGUAGUUGA